UGACCUAAAGCAUGCGGUGUACACGUGUUUUUUUGUAACGAAACCCGGAAGAUGUCACUAUAUUUGAACAUUUAACGUGUGUAAAUAUGGACAAUAUAAUUUUGACGUCAAAAGAGCUUCACAGUAGAGCAUGGAAACCUCAGUGUGGCAGGAUGAGAGCCUUAUCCGCAAUGAUUUUCUUGGCCGUAUGUGCGCUGGUGGUUAUAAUCUACCAGGCCGUACAACAAGAAAUCAACAUCCGAAACAUGAAAACCCGCAUCGCCGUUUCUACUGACCAGGUGAAGCUAAAGGAGGAUGGGAUCAUGAGCACCAAACUGCAAGUGGAAGAGAUGAAUAAAAAGAUUUCACCUGUAAAUACACAAAAGGAUCAGCUUAAAAAACAGAGGGAUGAAAAUAAGAAAGCCAUUGCUCAGUUGGAUAAGGAUACGAACACCUGCAAAGCUGACAAGGAUAAAUUAGAAAAGCAAAAAGCAGAGGCAAGCGAUGCAGUACAGAAAAUAAAAGUGGAUCAGGAAGCUGAAAGGAAGAAAGCUGAGAUUGAGAUCGAGGGUUUGAAACAGAAUAUUCUAGAUCGAGAUAUGAAGAUUUGUAAAUUUGUGGAUUUGAAGGUGGAUGAAGCAAGGAUAUUAUGCACAGCUGGGAAACAGUGAAGGAGCUUUCUAAAUGGACCAAUGGAUGGCUCUGGAUAAAUGAUCUAAUAACGGUGUAUAGUUUGUUUUCACAACCAUUGUUUUACGUUAUUAUUAAAAUGGUAUUUCAUAAACUAUGAUAUAGAUGUUCUUUAUGCACAAAAUAAAUGUGAACCAAAAUAAUAAAUAAGUCUUUUUUUAA